AUGUCUGCACCGACUUCUCCAAGAGCCUCAUCUGAGUCUGCAGAGCGACCCGAAUUGAAAGAUCAUACGAUCCCACCCGCGGGGUCCGGCCACACCCGCAGCCCUUCGGAGGCUAAGCCCAAAAGCAAACGGAGAUCGAUCCAAUUUAGCGUCGGCGCCGCAGAGGCUCAGCUGCCCAGUCGCUCGUUGGGCUUCAAGGAAAAGCGGCUAUCAUAUGGGGAUACCCCGACGAGGGAAUUAUUGGAAGAAAAGGAACGGGAACACAAAGCUACCCUAUUGAACCGAGGGCCGUCUCCACCACCACCGAAAACCUACGAGCGAGGUGUCUCUUUCGACACAUUCGACAACUUCGAUGCUACCGAUUUCUCCCUCACAUUGAACUACAAACACAAAGGCUAUCAGAGCACACGUCGCAGCAGGACCUUUUUGUGCGGAACCGACCAGAACGACUACUCCGAGUUCGCCCUCGAAUGGCUCAUUGACGAGCUGGUGGAUGACGGGGACGAGAUCGUCUGUCUGCGAGCGGUGGAGAAGGACUCACGCAUAGCCAGCGAUGUCGGAAUCGAAGAGCGAAAGUACCGCGAGGAAGCAGAAAAGCUAUUUGAGCAGGUAAUCCAGAAGAAUACCCAGGAUGAGAAGGCCAUCAGCUUAGUUCUGGAACUUGCUGUGGGCAAGGUUGAGAGCAUCAUUCAACGCAUGAUCCGCAUAUACGAGCCUGCAAUGCUUGUAGUCGGUACACGAGGACGCAACCUGAAAGGAGUGCACAGUCUGCUCCCAGGCUCCGUCUCUAAAUACUGCCUCCAGCAGUCACCAAUCCCAGUGAUAGUCGUUCGACCCUCACCAAAGCGCGAAAAGAAGAAGAAAAAGCGCCGAGCAGACCCGACACGGCGUAGCUACAACCAUAUCCUGGAAAUGAGCGAGCAGCGCGGUAGUCAGAUAUUCGGCGCCAGCGCCAGCAACGAUAGCAGCUCUUCGAAGCUGCCAGACGAGGAGGCUGCAGUCGCAGAGGCACUCGGACUCCCCGCAUCAUACUCGAAUGCGGCCUCGCGCAGUUCUCUGUCCGUCUCAGACCGUAGUAGCAUUAGCCACGAUGACUCCGACUCGGCUUACCCCAUUCGGAACUCACUGGAUGCAAUUGUCAUGGCGAGUCCGAGUCCAGCAGAUAGCUCUCAGGAGAGCGUUGUUACUGGCGAUGGUGCUCAGCCAUCUCCUUCGCUGGACGGGACUGUCGUGUCGCCUUCUCCGUGUGACGAACCCGACUGCCCCGCGUCAGAUUCCUCUACCGAAGUUGACAAGCCGGAUAAGGCAAACGAACCUUCCGAUUCAACCAAGCAUCCCGUGUCUAUCCCGAUGAUUGAAGUGUCAGAUAACAAUGAUAAAAACGACAACACGAAGGGAUCUGAAUCCUGA